AAACAAGGCGCUCCUUAUAAGUAAUGCGCAACGUACAGGAUGGACAUCUGCGAGAUUAGUCGGCUGUAGGUUAUUUAAAUUCGUAACUUUGUAGAUUUCAUCCGUCAUCUUAACCAAAGCAUUUCCAACUACUGGCCGAUUAUCUCCGUUGUUGUCUACAUUUGUGUGCCUUCUUAUACAAUGGAUGAAGAUAUAUGUUCCAGUAAAAGCGAAGUAAAUAUGACGUGUAGUGCAGAAUCUGAUGCGGAACCGUUUAUUGAUGAUGAUGCACUUAUGACCACUGGAGCAGUUGAUCGUAUACUGAAAGAAUCCGAAUCACUGAAAUCAACUGAACUUAAAGUAGUUAAGUUUUCUGUAAAGCAUUAGCGUAGAUUGUUGAAAAUGUUGCGCAAUCAUCAGAAAGUCUACUUAGUGAGGAUAGCAGCAGUACAAAAUCUUCAACUAGGCAGGCUACUUGUUCAAAUUCAGAAGAUCUUUGCUGGGCAAAUGACUUGUUGCAUGUUUUUGUUCUUAGCGAGGCUGGAAAACCCAUAUAUUCACGGUAUGGAAAUGAAAGUGAUCUAUCCUCCGUAAUGAGCGUCAUGCAAGCUCUUGUUUCAUUCGUUGCGAAUUCUGGAGAUGAGCUUCAGUUAAUCAAUACAAUUGACAAAAAGUUCCUGUUCGUUUCUCGGUCGCAUCUUAUAUUAGUGGCAUUUAGUCCAGUUUCUGAACCCACUCCACAUCUGCGAACCUGCCUCGAAUAUGUAUAUAACCAGAUAAUAAGCUCAUUAACUUUGCAAAGAGUGGAGAAACAAUUUACAAGGCAUGCUAAUUUGGAUUUACGCAAACUUCUUGUUGGGGAUAAUCGACUUUUAUCCUCUAUCAUAAAUCGCGUAGAAGAGACUUUUGGGGUAUUUUUGAAUGCAAUCAGCUGCACACCACUUCCAGAAAAUAGCAGAGCUGCAAUAUCACAGAUUAUUUGUCAAAAUGCCAAAUUACGUGGCUUGGUGUUCGGUAUAUUAUUUCACAAAGACGAUAUUGUUAGCAUUGUACGCAUGAAGAAUCAACAUCUUUCCCCAUCAGAUGUUCAUUUACUUCUAAAUCUAAUUGGAAGUUCACAGUCUUUCAAAUCGGCACAAUCUCAUUGGUUACCGAUCUGUCUGCCUAAAUUCGAUGCUAACGGGUUUCUAUAUGCUAGUGUUACCUAUCUUAAUGAUACAACAUGCAUGGUCUUGCUUACUGUUGAUAGUGAAAAAUUUUAUCCAUUAAAGUCAAUUACCGAAAAAGUAUUCACAUUAUUAAAUACUACAAAUAACGGUGAUCACUUAUCUGCGAUUAUGUCUUCAAAGUUUCCACAAAUUUCUGAUACUGGUAUUAAGAAUUUACGGCAUUUUGUAUAUAAAUCGAUUCAAAUCGGCCAAUAUAUUGCCAGUGAAUGGACUGUGCCAUAUGCUAUCGCUUAUGAAUUAUCCACCGAAUCUCCAGUUGGAAUGGAUCCCGAGAGAAAAACUAAACUUCUUGAUGAUAAUAUUGUAAAUAAAUUGCGUCAUAAUGUUUUGUUAUCGUAUAAACGACUUCAUAUGAGACUACAUUCCUCUGCAAUACCAACAAGAUUCAUUUACAAAGUGACAAGUACCGAAUUAUUUUUUGGCUGGAAAACGGAUCAUUUCGAAUUAUAUGCUACAUUAGAACCAAUGAUUACACUAACAGAAUUAGGUGAAAUUCGUAAACAAUUAUUAAAAUGGAUUGAAUCAAAGAAAACACAAUUUUUUAUUUUAUCAUGUCCAACAUUUUCAUAAUUUUUUUUCAUUUAUCCUAUCAAUAUUACUUAUUCAUUUUUUACAUUCAAAAAUAUAUCAUGAUCUAUUUCAUUUAAUUAU